CCAGCAGUCAACAGGAAGACUGGAGGCCAAAGAGAGAGGCUGCACUCUGCAGGAGAGGAAGGACGCUGAAGUCCAGCUGUAGAGUCACAACAGAGAAACAACAGGAGCGGAGAAAUGAGCAAUAACCAGACGGAGGUGAUGAAAAUCCAGUCGGUUUAUUUGAAGAACAUUGAAAAAUUAAACCAGGGGAUAAAGCCUGAAAAGAAGAACUGGAAGACCAAAGAAGGGGAGUUUUCUGGGCCAACAACAAUGGAAAAGCAGCGACCACCUCCUAAAACAGGACAAGUGGCCAAAAGCUCUGCUAACAGAAUCAGCAGAGAUCUGACCUGCUCCAUCUGCCUGGAUCUCUUCAAGCUGCCUGUUUCUUUGCCCUGCGAUCACACUUUUUGCAAAGGUUGCAUUGAGGGUUACUGGGCAGGGCCCCGAGGAUCUGGGCAGGGGGGUACUGGCUCCUGCCCUCAGUGCAGGAAGGUGUACCCUGGACAGAGCUACCGGCCCAACCGCAUUGUUGCCAACAUAGUGGAGAGUUACUGCCAGGGUCUGGAGGAAGGUGGGAGUGGAGGCUGCCUGUCAGAUGUCAGCGUGGCAGAGAAGGUUCCUGCUCCGGUACCACGCUGCAGCCGACACAGAGAGGAGCUGAAGCUGUACUGCGAGGAGGACCAGGAGCUGGUGUGUCUGGUGUGUGGGGUGUCCCAGGAACAUAGAAGCCAUACAAUGAUGUGCGUCCAGGAGGCUGAGCAGAAAUACAGGGGAUUUCUAAACAGCUCGAUGGACUCCUUAAAUGCUGAACUUAACACAGCUCUGCAGUGUGACAGGGAGGCUGAAGAUGAAGUGAAAAAGCUCAAGGAGCACACGGCGGACCUGAAGCAGCGCAUCGAGGCCCAGUUCAGCGAUCUUCAUCAGUUUCUGUACCAGGAGGAGAAGCUGCUGCAGGUGAAGCUGAAGACGGAGGAGCGGAGGGAACUGAUCCGUCUGGACGAGCACAAGGCCCUGCUAUGUGUGGAGAUCUCUCGUCUGCAGAGGGCCGUGCACGAGAUCGAGGACAAACUCAGAGAACAGGACCCGUUCACUCUGCUCCGCAGCAUCAAAGUCUUGCUCCAGAGACCGUCUCUGAAGUUUGAGAAACCAGGGUUCACGCCACCAAGUCUGUGUGAGGGGCGCUUUGCAGGGCCUCUGCAGUACAGAGCAUGGAAAUCUAUGAAAGGAAGCCUUUAUCCAGUUCCAGCAGCCAUCACAUUUAACUCCAGCACAGCCAACCCUUGGCUCAGCCUGACCUCCUCCCUCACCUGUGUCCGCUACCAGAACUUUAACCAUACGGUGGAGGACAACCCCGACAGGUUCAAUGCUGCCCUGUCACUUCUUGGAAGCCAGGGCUUCACUCACGGGCGACACUACUGGGAGAUUGAAGUCUACAGCAGCGCAGUGUGGACGGUGGGGGUGGCCCGGGAGUCGGUGUCCAGGAAGGGAGUCAUCAAAGCCCUUCCAACCAACGGCUUCUGGACUCUCUCCCUCUCUUAUGGGAUUCAGUACAUGGCUGGAACAUCUCCUCCAACUGUGCUGUCCCUGGAGGAGCCACUGGCUCGGAUCGGAGUGUAUCUGGACUACAAGAGGGGCCUGGUGUCCUUUUACAACGCGGAGAGCAUGACACACCUGUACACCUUCAGGGAGACCUUCACCGAGACGCUGUACCCGUACUUUAACCUCGGCUUCCUGGAUAAAGUGCAUGAAAACGAGCCUCUCAAAGUUUUUCUACCAAAGAUUUAAAGACCAAAAAGAAAAUAUGCCAACCCCCUCUUUGUAAAAAUAUAAAAAAUAAAUAAAUUGUUAAUACUUUGUAUUGUACAUACCGGUAUAAAAGUUAUUUAAGACGUAAAAUAUAUAAAAUAUUCAACAGUUGUACACAAUAGAUCCAGUAAUUCAUGACCAUAAUAACAUUUUCUAUGAUGUAAGGUUGAGUUUGUGUCUAAAUCUUCUGACACGUUUCAUUU